AUGGCAGAUAUACGUGACGAACAAGGCCGUCCGAUCCAACUCACCGAUGAAUACGGCCGCCCGAUCCAACUCACCGACGAACAUGGAGUUCCAAUGCACCUCACCGGGGUUGCGACCACCGUUAAGCCGACGGCCUCUCAUGAGGCGGCGGGUCACACAACCAUUGGUUCGGAGCUUCAUGAUCAAACGACGACCCAUGAUGAGGCAACUAUGGGUUCCGAAAUGCAUGGCGGAACCCAUUUUGCACCGACACCAGUGGACUACGUCAAGCACGGGGCUAGUGCAGUCGCUGGUGCCGGUGCAGCAACUGUGGGUGUAGUAGCUGGAGAUCAUGAAAAAACUACUACUGGUGCUGUUACCGGCAGUGGAGCACCGGUGAGCCAUACCCAAGCUCAUGGCGAUACAAAAGAGCUGGGACGAUCAACUAGUUCCAGCUCUAGUUCGUCGGAAGACGACGGACAAGGAGGGAGAAGGAAGAAAAAAGGUAUAAUGCAAAAAAUUAAAGAAAAGCUUCCGGGACACAACAACAAAGAGAAGGCAUCUGCAGCCGCACACAGCGCCAGCACCGACAAAGACAGCACCACCGGUGGAGCACCAGUGGCCGGUAUAAGGGUUGAACAAGAACACGAGAAGAAAGGUUUUAUGGAUAAGAUUAAAGACAAGCUUCCCGGCCAUCAUUAA